AUGCUCCUACAUCUUACAGUAGAUCUAUUUGGUCACAUGGGAAAACCAAAUUCGUUUUUGCCACUUCGAAGUAGACCAAAGCAUUACUUUGCUGAGUUUGUUGUUUGCUCAUCAACUCUUCAUUCUCGUAAUGUUACAAAAUAUCCUUUAACUGACGAAGCCAGAGACCAUCUGACUUACCUAAAUGGAAGAAAAUAUAGACUGUACGAAUAUCUAGAAAACUUUAUCAGAAAAUUUGGAAAACUUCCAUGGCAAAAAUUUUUAUAUACGAUCGAAGCAGAUAAAUGUGGGAAAUGUACACCUCGAAAAUAUGCUCAAAGUAACUUACAAUUGCAUAAAACUGCAAUUAAAAAUGCAAUGUGGGAUACUCUUGUCGCAUACUCAAAUGGCGAGCUCACAGAGGAAAAGCACGCCCAAUUGGUAAUGAAAGAAUUCAAUUCUAUUCAUUGUUGCUUUUGA